CAACACAGAGAAAAGUUUAGGGUUUAUAUCCCCAAAUCCCCAACUGCAACCGCGAAACUCCAUGCCCGCCCUCAAAAUUCCCCAUUGCGCGCGCUUGGAGACCACGAUUUCCACAGGCAUAAUCGUGUGAAUUAUUGUUUGAAGAAGCUGAAGUUGCGUUUCAAUGGAAAGCAGGAACCGUAAGCUUCUGCAUUCAUCUACUAUGGACGACGAUAGGAUUAGCAUUUUACCGGAGGAACUUCUCUGCCGCAUACUCUCUUUUCUCCCAACAAAGAACGCCGUCGCCACCAGCGUUCUCGCGAAGAAGUGGAAAUCACUGUGGCGUUCACUCCCCACUCUCGACAUUGAUGAUUGCAAUAUAAGCAAAGAGGAGCAUGCUCGCUUCAUUGAGUCUGUCAAUGCAUUUAUCAGCUCCCGCCUCAGAUUCUCCCGGCACCGGCACCGGCACCACCACCAACCUAUCCGAAAAUUCCGCCUCAGAUUCUCCUGGCUGUACUGUAAGGACUAUACCAAUGCCGCUGCGUGUGUUAAAUCUGCCGUGAAUCACCUAGUUAAGCACCGCCUAGUUGAGCACCUUGAUAUCGCCCUCCCCUUACCCUGGAUUUUUUUGCCCAGAAGGGGGGUUACAGCCAACAAAACACAUAUGUCGCCUCUCAUCUUCACUUUCACAAAUCUUGUGGUUCUCAAGCUGGAGGGGUUAAGAUUCACUUCUUUUUCCUCUGUUGAUUUUCCCUUCCUUAAAACCCUGUAUCUGCAAGAUUUGCUUUUCGAAAAUCCUCAAUGUCUCGCCAAAGUCCUUUCUGGAUGCCCAGUUCUUGAGGAUUUCAAAGAAGUUCGUAUAUUUAUCGAUGGAGAGGUCGAUUUGAUCGAGAGAGAGUAUUUUACAUUACCCAAGUUAGUCAGAGCCAAUGUUUCUGGGCGAUAUGUUUUUUUGCUUAAAGCUGUUAAAAAUGUGCAAUUUCUGCACAUUAAUGAGAUUGAUGAUAGAAUCCUGUAUAAGGUCAAAAGCACAAACCUAUCAGUUUUCCCCAUGUUUCACAAUUUAACCCAUAUUGAACUCUCCUUCUCCUGUAUAAAGCGUGAGAAUUGGCUUGAGGCAGUGGAGUUGCUCAAGUAUUGCCCCCAGCUUCAAGUUCUCGUCAUAAACCAGCCAUAUAUAAUUGGUAAAAUUGAAGGCCAAUUAAGAGAUUGGCAAUGCCCACAAUCUGUUCCUGAAUACAUUCUAUUACGGCUUAAAAGAUGCUAUCUAAAUGAGUAUAGAGGCACCAGAGCUGAGUUUCAAUUUGCAAGAUAUAUUAUGCAGAAUGGAAUAUUUUUAGAGAACAUGGCAAUAUGCUGCAGCUAUGAGAGACAUUGGCCUUGCGUGAUGAACUCAGUUUGGCGUGGGGGCGUGGGAUCGAGAAGAUAGUGUGGGAAACUGAUUGUCAAGAGUUGUGUGAGGUGCUGGCUGACAUGAGUCGAGUGAACCGCCAUGAACAUGCUGCAGUUCUGAAGGCAAUUAUCGAGUUGUUGGAGAGGAAUUGGACGAUCAUGUUGGCUUGGAUUCAAAGGGAUUGCAAUAGUGCUACUGAUUGGCUUGCUAGCCCGGGAGCUAUGUCUCUCAUUCAAAGUGUUAGAGAGCUGAAUUAUCCCCCUCCAGAGUUGGAUAUCAUUCUGUUGAGGGAUAAAUUGGGUGUAACAUAGUUUUCUUGUUUCUUUUAUGUUAUUUGUUUUUCGAGGCACCCAAAAAAAUAUCACCUAUUUAUAAAUUAAUAAAUUAUUUUUAUCACA